UCGCUCCCCUCCUCCAUUCGCCGCGCGCUGCCUGUCGCGGCGCAUGGCCUGCUCGAGCUCGGCACACGCACAUCGAGCUCGUGGCACCGGUGCGCCGUGGCCGUGACCAAGCGCUGCAUCUUGCACACCUUCCGGUCCCCAUCUCCUCAGCUGAGUACUGCAGCCUGACGGUGAGAGCGCGGGCGGCGAGGAGGACGAGCACGACGGCGAGAGCGAGGGCGGCGCGGGGGACAAGAAUGACGGCGAUGGCGGCGGCCAGACGAGGAGUACGAGCACGGCUGGGCGAUGGCGGCGGCCAAACGGGGACGGGGCUUGUUGGGCCGGCCUUGGCCCAGACUCACGACGCGGCCGUGCGCUUUUUGGGCGGACGGUUCGAUCGAACGUGGACGGCUGGAUGACCUCGACUGCUCUCUGCCGUCGUGAGGGCUGAAGUCAGAGGAGCUGAUUCCUCCCCUCCACCGUCUCCGCCUCUCUCGCUCGCGCCGCCGGCCGCCGGCGAUCCUCCCGCCGGAGCACGCUCGCCUGACCUGGCUGCCUCCGCCGCUUCGAAUCGAAGCCCGCAGCUCCCCCUCCCUCUCUUCCUCUCCAGACAGUCCCCUACUCCCCUCUGCUGCACUGGACUUGGGGUGGGGUGGAGCGGGAGAUCCAUCCAAGAUAGCUCGGAGUGAGUGAUUUCCCCUUUUUUCUGAAGGUUGUAGAAGCUUGGAGGAUGCCGAGGCGGGAGGGUGGUCGCUCUCGCUCCGCCGCCUACCUCGUCCUCUUCGCUUCCUGCCUUUUAGCUGUUGCGGCGGCAUCACACCAGGAAUUUCAUGAAGCUGCUGGAUCCAGAACUCUUCUUAUGUCACAUGAACACACAAAUCAAGUGCAUUGCUCAAGGGAAAGAAGCCGUGCAGCUUGGAAAGCUAUUGAUGAGUAUUUGAUGCCCUUUGUGGAAAAAGAGAAAUAUGAACUCCCAAGCAAAUGUAGACUUCAUCCUGGUAAUGACAUGUUUCGGGAACAGGAGCAGCAUAAGAUUCACUUUGAUAUAAAUGAAUGGCGCUGUGGUUUCUGCAAGAAAGCCUUCCGAGCAGAGAAGUUCCUUGAUCAGCAUUUUCACAAUCGGCACAAUAAUCUUGUGGAUAAUAGUCAAGGAAGAUGCUUGGCUGAUCUAUGUGGAGCACUUCACUGUGAUCUGAUGUUGGAGUUUAAGAAACCAAAGAGUAAAUGCAGUGCAACUGCAGCUGCAAGGAAUCGUCAUCUUUGUGAGAGCCUUGCAGAUAGUUGCUUUCCUAUUAAUCAAGGGCAAUCUGCCAGCCGUCUUCAUGAAUUUCUCUUGCGCCAAUUCUGUGAUGCCCACACAUGCAAGAAUGGCUCUAAACCUUUCCCCAAAGGUGGCAGGAAACAAACAAACAGAUUCUACCUGGCUCUCUGUGCCUUAACAAUAGUACUUUUGCCACUGUUCUAUCUCAUAGUAUUCUUGCACCAGAGGGAAAUGAAGAAAGGCGGUCAAAAUUUAAGACGAAUUUCGAAAGUUGUCCAAAAGAAAAAACCAUCUUAGGUACCUAAUUCCAUGCCCUGCUUCUUCCCUAUGCAGCCCCUCAUGCAGAUGCAAUCGUCAAGAAGCAAACGUGUGCUUUUUAUGUGAGGUCAAGCAAGAUAAUUUUUCGAUGCCUUGCCCAAGCUGGAGUCUUGUUGACCUCUGUAGUUCAUCCCUUGAAAUGUGGGUUUACAUGACCGUUUACAGACAAUCUCAUGAGACUAUAUGUACAUUGAAGAAUGAAAAUGUGUAUCCAAUAUUUAGUAGGCUCUAAUUUGAAUCCUAUGGGCUUAGAUUAAUGGAAUAGAAACAUCCCCAUAUAAUUUGUAAUAUUUGCAAGAGGCUUGGAGGUAAUUGUCAUUAUUUUGGUAUUCGUAA